AUGUGUGAGCAAGCAGCGCGCUACUGCAGGGACGGUGUCCACAAACUGCUCCAGAAAGAACAAGCCAAACUCCGGGCGCAGGACAGCAAAGAUCAGCCCAAAUCCGGGGCCCAGGACAGCGAGACAGCGACGGCUGCACAGUCCGGAAACAGCGGUACCCAGCCCGGUGGAAUCGACGGGCUUGUCCGCUGGAUAGUCACCAAGAUGAGCGAAAACAAGACCAUCUCUAGCCGGGAAUACGCCAAAGAAGAGGCGGCAGUGGCACAGGAGCAAUUCUUCGCCCCGGAGCCACGGAAAGGCAUCUCUGUCAUUUUAGAUAUCUUCCGGCGAGCGGAUAAGGAUGAUGACGGUAAGCUGUCCCUGGAUGAGUUUCUGGGCUUCUUCUCUGAUGGGACCCUGAAUGAGGAGGAGCUGGAGAAGCUCUUUCACACCAUCGACUCCGAUAAAACCAGUAAUGUUGACACCAAGGAACUCUGUGACUACUUUGCCAAGCACAUGGGUGACUACGAGGGCGUGUUGGCUUCUCUGGAGACUCUCAACCUCUCCAUCCUCAAAGCCAUGGACUUCACCAAGAAGGUGUAUGAGCGCGGGACCAACGUGGAGCAGUUUGUGGCUCGCUUCUUGCUGAAGGAAUCAGCCAAUCAAAUCACGUCUCUGCUCAGCUCUGUGGAGAGUGCCGUGGACGCCAUAGACGAACAGCACAGUCAGGGGUCGUAUCCGUCCAGCAAGGCGAGUCCUCGUGCCCCAGAGAAGCGCUUAGAGAAGCCUCCGGUGCCUGACUACCCGCCCAACAACAGAGUCAGCCCCAAGGACGCGCCCCGGAACGUCAACCCAGGACAAGGAGCCGUGGAGACCAGGAAAGAGGGACUGGAGGCUCAGAUCAACCGUCUGGCCGAGCUGAUUGGUCGCCUGGAAAACAAGACAGUCUGGUUUGACCUGCACCAGCGACUAACUGAGACUGAUGGCACAACAAGCGCAUGCCUGUUUCUGAUUCGCCAGGAGAUGACGGUAUCCCAGAAGCACUUGGGGGAGUUCUGUGAGGCCCUGAAGCAGUACCUGAAGAACGUCUCCACCCAGAGAGACUGCUUCCAUGUGACUGCAGUCCGGCUGCCGAGUGGGCUGUCCUUCGUGGUGUACGAGUUCUGGGAAGGAGAGGAAGACUGGAAGAGGCAUCUCCAGAGCGCCUAUGCCAAGGCAUUCCAGCAUGUGAAGGUGGACACACUGUGCCAGCCGGAGGCGGUGUCCACCGUACCUGUGCCAGCUGCCUGGUGCAACUCCACCAGAGAAUGAUGAGAGGAGUCUCUGUGCUGGUGGAGCCAGUCCGCUGUAUGCCUGAAUGCCCAAACACUUCUCCUCUCCUCUCUCCUCUUCUCUUCUCUUCUCGUCUGAUCUUAGGCUCCCCCCUCCUCCUCCUUUUCCCUGCUCUCUACUCCUCUCCUCAUAGCCCUUCCCCUCUCCGUUUACGCCCUCUCCCGCCUUUUUCCUUUUCUCUCUCUUUUGUAAUUACUUGUUUACACGGUGUGUGUUUGAUAUUGAGGCAGGACAAGAGCAAGGUGUUAAUUGCAGAGAACAUUGAGCAGAUACAACAAGCCGAUGUAGUCCCAGCAGCCCAUCCCAUCCGGUCCUUAUCUCUGGGUGGCAUUUCCGACUCCCACUCGGCUCCGGUCGAUAUGGGCUGCUUUGUCGAGAUGAGCCGCCUCUAGGCUUUUUCCAUAGCCUAAACCCAAACCCUCUACCUAAUUUGACCCCCAGAGGCACAAUUGUAGUGCACCGCAAUGGCCUGUUAGCUCGGCUCGAUGGGUAGCCCAUAUCGACACCACACCACACGGCUGCAGUUUGUGAUGACGCAUCGUGUGGAACUCUUGUGGAGAUCAGUGUUGUCCCGGCAACUAACACCGACUGUGGGAGUCGACGGCAUAACAUUAGAGUUUGUUUAUGGCACUGAAGGUUUAUUGGGUUAUAUUCUUGACAAUGCAGUUCAUUAACCAACACAGGCAUGCACACACACACACACACACACACACACACACAAACACAAUGCAGGAGGGCAGAUGUAGACACACACACACACAGGCGAGUGGCUUGUGAUGACCAUACAGGCUUUACGACACUGCUUUAUUGCCAGUACUAAACCUCACAGUGUGUAAAUCUAGCUACCGAUCGUCAAGUGUUCUCUGCAAUUGAACCAUGCAUCCAGUAUAUGCGAUGCCCUGUGGUUGUCAGACAAACAUUAGUACGGGAUUAAAAACAUUAGUAUGGGAUAUAGAACUUUAAAACGAGAUUUAAAACUGUUUUCACACACCACUCUCACAGAACCAUAGACACGGUCCACAGUAAACCAGUCCACCCUGUUCAGUCACGGCCUAUGGUCCAUUCCUGCCCGUAUACAGUGAUAACUACACACAACACUAUCAGUACCAUUGUAAGAGCACAAUGUCUGUGAAUAGGUAUUCACUGCAGAAAAGAAGGCUUAUGAAGAAUUAUAUAUGUAAAGUGGAGAUGUAGAGUUUAAAGUAGUAGGCUAUUUAAGAUGGAGAGAUGAGUAUUUAUCAGAGUUAAUAUUGUAGAGUGCGUGGCUUCCUUAACAACCUACUGGUCAAUCUUAAGACGGAUGAAGCAAUGACGAGCUCAUUUUAUUCAACAAAGACAGUCAUUAAAAACACUUUCCUCUAGUGAGCCAAACUAUAGGUCCGAAAUAAGAAGGCAUGCCUGCAUCGAUCAAUACUUGCUAUGAUAUGUAUUGAUACGUCACCCAUGUUUUCUUUUGACAGAGACCCUUGUCUAGACACUGAUGUAUAACGUAACUGAUGUAACUGACUAUAGUAACUGACUAUAGUAAACCAAGACAACCCAAAAGCUCCCAGUACAACUGGUCAGUGAAAACAGAUUUUUUUUUGGGGGGGGUCCGGUAGCAGCACUAGUGCCCCAGCUGUCUCCGUGACUCCUGGCUGUGGGAUGAACAGUGCAAAGUGGCGUUUGUUUUCUUUUGGUGUCCUCUUCCUCCCCUGCUAUAUCUCACCCGAGUGCAUGUCCUAACGAAUGUCCAGUUACCCAGUAGUGUUUAGCUAUGCUACUUUCAAUGGGGUUUGUGCAGUUUCGUUCUUUUAUAAUAAUCCAACAAUAUAUGACCAGGAGAAGAAGAAAAAAAAGACUAACAUGAAUGAAUAUUCACUUUUAUGGCAUUGUUUAUUGAAAUAUUAAUUCUUAUACCUAUGUAUGUUUCAGUAAAACCGGCUCUCUUGAUGUGAGUGUAGAGACUUAUUGCAGGGAUGCAAGCAUUAUAGUCGUUCAAAACUUUGUUUAAAUCCUAGAUUAUGUAGAGUGAUGCAAUUAAAUAAAAUGUGAAAAAGGAGGAAAUGGACUUCUGUGGUCUCUCUGCAUGACACACACAUAUGCACAAGCACAAUAAUGAAGACAUAACACAAGUAUUUCAUACAAAACAACUUUUUUUUACUCUUGAGCCAACAGGCCAAUCAUUGUACAAAAGAAACCGUUGACAUGUAGAUGAAACUCACAAUAAAACAGCACCAAAAACACCACACGUAACAUUCAAAGGCAAAAUAAGUUAUGCUCUCCGGACUCUCCUCCCUGCAGCAGUCACCCGCCAGGUAGAGAGAACUCCCAACACAUGCAGACCCACUACCCAGCAUGCCGCAGUACUCCUGUGCAUUUCUCUGGUGCUAAUUUGCAAUGAGGAAAAACAUCAGCCACACCAGCAGGAAUAAAUAGGUGCCAUUUCACACUUGGGAGGUGCAGUCAUGGCUUUACUUGGAAACACUCAUUUGGUUUGUUUUUCCACCUCCUCACAGCCAACCUUCAAAACUGACGCCCCUCUUCACAUCUCAUCUCCCUCCUCCCCCUCUAAGGGCUGGCGCAUGGAGCUUUGCUAAAAGCAGCCAGCAGUGUUUUGAUGCGCUGGUGGGCUCGCUAUAAAGACAGUAGUACUGUUUUGAUGUGCUGGUGGGCUCAGUAUAAAAGACGGCAGUAGUAUUUGAUGCCUUGAUGGGUGUGGUAUAAAGCCAGCUGGCCUGACCGCAGUAAACAUCUCUGAAAGCACAACACCCCCUGCAAGCACAAAACACAGCAACGUCCUGGCUGAGAAGACAGAGAGACAGAGAGAGAGAGACAGAGAGACAGAGAGACAGAGA